CAGCAGACACCAAAAUCGCAGAGUUACUCAAUGAGCUGCAUCAGCUCAUAAAGCAAACUCAGGAGGAGCGAUCACGAAGUGAACACAACCUUCUGAACAUCCAGAAAACACAUGAGAGGAUGCAGACAGAAAAUAAGAGAGCUAUGCAUUACAGUUCGGUACAGGCGUCAGAACCGCCGUCAGCCGUCCUUGCAGCAUAUCUUCAUUUGUGUGUGCAACGGAGGAGAGCGAGAACCACAUUAUAGCGACCAUGAGGAGGUUAACCCAACGUGACUCUACCCACCCUAGCAGCUGGGCCAAUUGGUUGCUUAGGAAGCCUGACUUGAAUCACUCAGCAUGCCCUGGAUUUGAACUUGUGACUGCAGCAUCUCCAUAUUAUCGGACAAAACUGAGGGGUCUUUACACUACAGCUAAAGCAGAUGCUGAGGCUGAAUGUGGUAUUCUUAGACGGGCCCUUGACAAGAUUGCAGAAAUUAAAUCCCUUUUGGAGGAGAGACGAAUUGCUGCCAGGAUGGCAGGAGUGUAUAGUGACACCGACCCACCCAGAAAGACCAUGCGCAGAGGCGUUCUCAUGACCCUGUUGCAACAGUCAGCUAUGACUCUCCCUCUCUGGAUUGGAAAACCUGGGGAGAGUCCACCACCACUGUGUGGCGCUAUACCAGCCAGCAGUGACUAUGUGGCUAAACAGGGGGACAAGGUGGCGGCACGUGUGAAGGCCGUGGAUGGUGAUGAGCAGUGGAUUCUUGCAGAAGUGGUCAGCUACAACCACUCCACCAACAAGUAUGAAGUUGAUGACAUUGAUGAAGAAGGUAAAGAGAGACACACAUUGAGUCGGAGGAGAAUCAUCCCUCUCCCACAGUGGAAAGCAAACCCAGAGACGGACCCAGAGGCUUUGUUCAGCAAAGACCAGCUGGUGCUGGCACUCUAUCCACAGACCACUUGCUUUUAUAGAGCCUUGAUCCACACGCCACCACACCGGCCCCAGGAUGACUACUCUGUGCUAUUUGAAGAUACAUCUUACGCUGAUGGCUAUUCUCCACCUCUCAACGUCGCCCAGCGAUAUGUAGUAGCCUGCAAGGAGAACAAGAAGAAGUGAUGGAAAGAUAAAAAAGAAGCAUUUAAAACCUGACAAAGAAUAUAAUGUGGGGCAUUAUUUGUGAAGAGACCCUGGGUUUAUCAUGAUAAGGAGUGAAAUCAGGAUAUCCCCUGAAUCAUGAAUAUUUGGUUACAUCCUUGACCUUGAGAAUUCAUAUAGAUCUUGAUGGUGAACAUUAGACUAUUCAUUUGAAAGUAUUAAAUAGCUUUGUAUUAAUUCCAAGUAGUCACUAAAAUACACAAUUUAGCUGAACAUGGUUAGAUUUCAAUUCUAUUUCCUACUUAGAAAAGUCUUGCAGAAACAUUUCACCUUGGCAGAUCCCUAAAUAUUCGCUUUAUCAAUGAAGGAAUCAAGCGCUCAAAUUUGUGAUACCAUUAAAAUAGUUAGCUUUUUUAAUAUUUUUAUUGAGCUACAAAGUAUGAAGUAUACAAUAUUACAUAAAGAAUCAAAUAAAAUAAAAAUACAUGCUUGUACAAUUUGAAUAGCUUUACGCUUCUCAGAAGGCAAAAUUGAUUCAAUGUAAUGCAUCAUUUCCUUUCAGAAAACUACAAAACAUGGUGUCUUUUCUGAGAAUUUGCAUGUGUGAAUAAGAAUUUGGCCAUUAAAAGAACAAAAUUAAUCAAAUAUGUGUGAGUUUGCCAGUCUUUCUGAUUUGCAGUGAUACCCAACAAAACAUGUUUCCUCUGUAAAAUAAAAAUGUCAUCAAUAUUUUCAAUAAUUAAAAUAAAACAAAAAAUAAAACAAAUGGGCAGUGCCAAAACAAACGAAUAGCAGUCUUUAGACACUGAUUUGCAAAAGCUACAGUUUACAUAUACUAUAUAUUCUAUAUAGAUAUUUUUGGUCACACAUUUUUUAAAUCAAAAGUUACUACUUGUUAAAAUUAGUUAAUGCACUAUGAACUAACAAUGAACAAUUGUAUUUGUAUUAACAUUAACAAAGAUUAAUAAAUGCUGUACAAAAUAUAUUGUUUA